AUGUUCAAACCAGUCUGCAGACAUGCUACACGGCAGUUGGCCGCUGCCACCCGCAGCGCCGCCAUCGGCAGUAGGCAUCUCCACGCGCCAGUGCCGUUUGAUUGGAAAGAUCCAUUGGGAUCGAACAACAUGUUCACGGAAGAGGAGUUGGCAAUCUCGGAGACUGCUGAGUCUUACUGCCAGGAGCGCAUGCUGCCGCGAGUACUAGAGGCCUACCGCAAUGAAGAGUACGACAAGAAGAUACUGGAAGAGAUGGGUGAGCUGGGUCUUCUCGGCGCAACAAUAAAGGGCUACGACUGCGCAGGCGUUAGCAGCGUAGCGUCCGGCCUCAUCACGCGAGCAGUAGAGCGAGUCGACUCUGGCUACCGGUCCGGCAUGUCAGUCCAGAGCUCGCUGGUCAUGGGCGGCAUCGACGAACAUGGCACACAGGAGAUGAAAGAGAAAUACCUGCCAGGCAUGGCGAAGGGCAAGAUUCUAGGCUGCUUUGGCUUGACGGAGCCAAACCACGGCUCUGACCCAGGAUCGAUGGAGACCACCGCAAAGCCGCACCCCUCGAAGAAAGGCUAUUUCUCGAUAUCCGGCGCCAAGACUUGGAUCACGAACUCGCCGAUCGCCGACGUGAUGUUGGUAUGGGCGAAGCUACAGGAAACGGGCAAGAUCCGGGGCUUCCUCAUUGACCGCGAUCAGUGUCCGCCAGGAACGCUGGAGACGCCUGCCAUCAAGAACAAGAACGGGCUACGGGCAUCCAUCACUGGCAUGAUCCAGCUCGACGAAUGUCCAGUGCCGGAAGCCAACAUGUUUCCCAAUGUCGAGGGCUUGAAGGGGCCGUUCAGCUGCCUGAACUCUGCCAGAUACGGUAUUGCUUGGGGAACCAUGGGCGCGUUGGAAGACUGCAUCGCUCGCACGAGAGAGUACGCUCUUGAGAGGAAGCAGUUCAAGGGCAACCCGGUUGCCAAGUACCAGCUCGUGCAGAAGAAACUCGCGGACGCAACAACCGACGCGGCAUACGGCAUAGUAGCAGCCACCCAAGCGGGAAGGCUAAAGGACGAGGGCAAGCUCGCACCCGAGAUGAUUUCUAUGAUCAAGAGGCAGAAUUGUGACCGAGCGUUGGUUAAUGCGAGAGUGCUUCAAGAGGUCUUCGGUGGCAACGCUGUCAGUGACGAGUAUGGCAUUGGCCGCCACGUUGCCAACUUGUUCGUGACGCAGACGUAUGAGGGGCAAAGUGACAUUCACGCCCUCAUUUUGGGAAGGGCCAUCACCGGCCUUCAAGCCUUCUGUUGA